AUGGACGGCAUAUCUACCGCAGCCAAUGUGAUCGCAGUCAUUGAAUUGGCAGGAUCUAUCGCUAAAGUCUGCGGGAAGUACAUUAUUGCGGUGAAAAAUGCCAGAACCGACAUUGAACGCCUCACCAAAGAGGUCGACAGCCUUUCCAAUGUUCUUGCGAGACUUCAAGAGCUCCUGGACGGUCCUUGCGCUGCAAAGCUCCCAACCAGUGAGAUCGCAUCCAUGAUACAGCACUGUAAAUGCGAGCUGUUGAGAUUACAACAAAAACUGAACUCUGGCUUGAAUGAAAAGGAUUCGGCCAGAAGAGCCAUGGUAAAACUUGGAAUUCGAAGUUUACGGUGGCCGCUACGGUCCAAAGAGGUUGAUGUGUUUGUGCGAUCAUUGGAAAGUUGGAAACAGCUGUUCAAUCUUUCAUUGCAGAUUGAUCAGACUCCACUUCUCUUGGGGGCAUCGCAUGCGAUAAAUACGAUCCAGCAGGAUAUUUCCUUGGAUAGCUUGCUUGUCGCAGAGGGUUCUGAGUUCGACUCGUACAUCAAUCAAUACGAGGAUGAAUGCUUGCCAAAUACCAGGGUGGACCUUCGCAAUGAGAUCAUUGCUUGGGCCCAAUCGCCAAAAGGAAAAUCGAUAUUCUGGUUGAACGGAAUGGCUGGCACCGGAAAGUCGACCGUUUGCCGCACAUUGGCCAAGGAUUUCGAGACAAAGGGCAGGUUGGGUGCCAGUUUCUUUUUCAAACGAGGCGAAGGAAGCCGUGGAACCGCAGCUCGAUUAUUUCCAACCAUUACAAAACAGCUCAUUGCUCGUAUCCCCGAAAUGAAACCCCUGAUCCAAGCGGCGAUUCAAGACGACGCUAUGAUUUUGACAAAGUCUUUAGUGGAGCAAUUCAAUAAGCUUCUCCUUCAGCCAUUGAUCGCGCUAAGAGAUGUUAACCCGGCCAUGAUGCCUGAUGUGAUUAUCAUGAUUGAUGCAUUGGAUGAAUGCGAGUCCGAAGAAGAUAUCAGGACUAUCAUCCGUCUCUUACCGCUUGUCAAUGAAACAUCGGCUGGAGAUAUUCGUGUGUUUGUUACAAGCAGACCCGAAUUGCCGAUCCGGCUCGGCUUCAAGGACAUCUCACCCCAUCAUCAUGACAUUGCUCUCCAUGAAAUACCAGAGGCUAUCAUUGAGCAUGAUAUCUCAGUAUUCAUGCAGGAGAAGCUUUUGAGGACGCGGAAAGAACACUCACUUCCCGACACCUGGCCCGGCGAUGAAAAUAUACGCAUUUUGGUUGAGAUGGCAGUGCCAUUGUUUAUCUUCGCUGCUACCAUAUGUCGUUUCAUCGCCGACCAUUCAUGGGACCCAGAAGACCGUCUGCGAAAGGUGCUUGAAUACCAAACACUCAGCUUGAGGUCAAAGUUGGCCGGCACGUAUCUACCCAUACUUGAUCAAUUGCUAGUGAACCAAGAUGACCUGGAAAAGAGGCAAAUAGUUGAGGAGUUUCAAGAAGUCGUUGGUGCAAUCAUAGUAUUAGGAACCCCCCUCUCCACACUCGCUUUGGCGAAGCUUCUGAACAUCGACCAAAGAAAAGUUCGUCUCCGACUCAAGGCACUGCACUCAGUCCUUUGCGUGCCAGAUGAUGAGCAAUCGCCGGUCAGAAUCUUACACUUAUCAUUCCGUGAUUUUCUUCUCGAUCCGCGGGUUCGCAAUGAAUCACCACUGUGGGUCGACGAGAAAAAAACGCACAAGAUUUUGUUCUUGCGGUGCCUCAGGAUCAUGUCGAAGCCAGAUGGUGGUCUUCGAAGAGACAUAUGCGAGCUACGGAGUCCCGGGGUGCUGAAUAGUGAAAUCUCAAGCAAGACGAUUGAGGCCCACGUAUCGGAAGACCUGAAAUAUUCAUGUUGCUUCUGGGUGUACCAUCUUGAACAAAGCGAAUUGCUUCUUGAGCAUGUCGAUGAAGUCUAUGAAUUUCUACAGACACAUCUCCUUCAUUGGCUCGAAAUAAUGAGCCUUUUGGGGAAAAUCCCGGAGACGAUUGGCUCCAUCAAUACUUUACAGUCAUUAAUCAAGCCGGCACCAAGUCACCCUGCAGAAAGUCUGAUACAUGAUGCCAAACGAGUCGUGUUACAAAAUGCCUUGGCUCUUACAAUUGCUCCUUUGCAAGUUUACGUCUCUGCGCUAGUCUUUGCACCAACCAAAAGCUGGCUGAGGAAAAGAUUUCAGCAGGAGAUACCGGACGUCAUAAUCAAAAUACCCACAAUCCAGGAGGAUUGGAGCGCCGCAUUGCAGACCUUCGAAGGACACACACAGUCAGUCAAAUCAGUUGUCUUUUCCCCUCGAGGCGACAUGGUGGCAUCUGGUGGCACUGACGGGACCGUCAGGCUUUGGGACAUAUCGACAGGGGUUCUCCUGCAUCUCCUUGAUGGUCAUAUUGAUUCUAUGCUCGAAGCUUCAUUUUCUCCGGAUGGGCGAACCAUAGUGUCCUGCUCACUGGACAGUACCGUCCGAGUGUGGGAUACCUCCAGCGGUGCCAAUUUGAUGACCCUGGACGGCGAAGGGGCUCCCGUCUAUUGUGUGGCAUAUUCGCCUGACAGUCAAUUUAUAGCAGCGGGCUACUCAGACGGCAAGAUCCGGAUCUGGCAGGCGGACACCGGCACUUUGCGAUACAAGGUCAAAGGCCAUAAGGCCCAAAUAAUCUUGUUGAAAUUCUCAGCGAAGGGGACUUUGGCAUCGUGUUCCAAGGACAAGACUGUGAAGCUUUGGAAAACUGACACUGGGCAUCUAUUGCAUAGCUUGGAAGGUCACACUGGCCAUGUUCGCGCGAUUGACUUCUCGCCAGUCGGGGAUUUGAUCGCGUCCGGCUGUUGGGAUCGGACGGUGAAGAUCUGGAGCGCCCUCACUGGAGCGCUUCAGCAUACCUUUGACCAUGAAAAUGCCGUUGAAGCAAUCGCAUUCUCACCCGAUGGAAGUAUGAUCGCAUCAGCCUCAUUGGAUGAGACUGUGAAAAUCUGGGACCCAAAGAUAGGUGUCAUCCGGUACACUAUGCGUGGCCAUACAGGUCCUGCACAAGACUUGGCAUUUUCCCCGACCGGUGAUCUUCUGGCGUCCAGCUCAUCUGACAAGACAGUCAGGCUCUGGGAUAUGACAAACGGGACUCUCCAACAAACACUGAAUGGUCAUACUGCAUGGGUGGAAGCCGUGGCGUUUUCACCAGACGGUCAGGUCUUGGCGUCGGGCUCCUGGGAUAAAACUGUCAAAAUCUGGGAUACGAAAGUCAUCAACACUGGCAGAGAAGUAUCCAAGGGAUACACAGAAUCAGUUGAAACAUUGGCGUUUUCUCCCAGCGGUCUGGAGAUAGUAUCAGGGUCUUCAGAUAGGACGGUCAGAAUUUGGAACACUGCCGGAGACAUGGAUAGAGUGCUUGAAGGCCAUACAUCUUCCGUCGAAGUUGUGGCAUUUUCUCGUGAUGGGGAUAUAUUGGCCACGGGAUCCACGGACUGUACCAUCAAACUUUGGAGCUUUGAUACUGGAGUUCUACUUCUUACACUGUUGGGCCACAGUGACUGGAUCAAAGCACUGAGAUUCUCCCCCGAUGGCAGGCUAGUCGCAUCUGGAUCAUCAGACAAUUCAUGCAUACUAUGGGACACGGAUACCGGGGCCCUUCAACAUAGAUUCAAAGGCCAUGAAGACUGGGUGCAAGCAGUCGCGUUCUCUUCGGAUGGUGACACUGUGGCUUCAGGCUCGCUGGAUGGGUCGAUCAAGCUCUGGAGUGUAUCCACCGGAACCCUCUGCCAGACAUUGAGGAUCCGUGAAGAUCUACUCUGCGCGCUUGCAUUCUCUCCAGAGGCAAGGUGGCUGGCGGUCAGCACCAAAGACCAAACAAUUCAGCUUUGGAAUCUGGAUACCGGGUACAUUGAGCAGAUCCUGAUGGUGGAUGUGAGAAUUUUGGAGUUAGAAUUUUCCGAUGACGGUCGGCAGCUGAAAACAGAUAAGGGAACACUUGAUAUCUUUUCAGAAGACGAGAUCUUCGCUUCGGCCCCAACCAAAGCUGGGGUGUUUGUUGAAAGGGAGUGGAUAUCCAUUAAAGGGGAAAAGAGGUAA